AUGUACGCCCUCGUCCUCAACUCCUUCAAAACAACCCCGGCCGUCCGCCGCAUCCUCCCCUGCGCCUUCUACCACCCGGGCAAAAACCCCCUCAUGAGCCCGCAGCAGCAGCAGCAGCAGCAGCCGCAGCAGCCGGGGUCGCCACAGGUGCACUCGACUUCCAAGGUCGACGACUUCUACAUCAACUCGACGUACCCGGAUGACUCGGAGACUCCGCCUACCAUGACGCAGAAGAGGACCUCCAUCCAUGCGACGUCGCAGUGGCAGGAGACGAGGUCCACGCAGAGUGAGGCUGAUGUAAAAGCAGACCGCGGCGAAGCAAAAUCGCUGGACGAUAUCGUCGAGGCGGAACAGGAGCCGAGGCUCGAUGAGAUGUGA